CAGGAAAAGUUAGUUUAGGAGCACACAAAAAGAGAGAAAAAAUGGAGAACUGAAAGGGGAAGUGAAAAAAGAAGUGGUAGAAAUGGAAGAGAGAUUGAGUAAAAAACCUCUGACCCUUCACAGAAGACAAAGUUCGGCGAUCACUCAAGAUGAAGUUGUUGCUUUUGCUUGUGAUAAUGGGAACAGUAUCUGCAAAGGUUGAAGAUCUUUCUGGAAAAAUGUUCACCUUUCCCAAGGAAACAAACACAGCUCACGUGAGGCUGACCCCAACAAAACAGGGUUACAGCGCUGUAACUGUCUGUCACAGAUCUUUCACUGACAUCAAGAGAGACCACGCCCUAUUUUCUUUAGCAACACCCUCUCAGGCCAACAGCUUCCUGAUUUAUUGGCAUGCUGGAAGGGGUCAGAUACAGCCCCAUAUCAGAGAGGGAAGGGUUGAAUAUGGAGGAUGGGACUACAAAUCAAACAAUUGGCACUCCAUCUGCACCACAUGGGACUCAGAGAAGGGGCUGGUACAGAUAUGGUUUGAUGGAUUACCUUCAAUCAGAAAACUUGCCAACACUGGACCCAUCAGUGGGCUAAUCAAAAUUAUUUUAGGACAGGACCAAGACACUCACGGUGGAGGGUUUGACGUUAACCAGAGCUUUGCUGGGAUGAUAACUGAUGUCCACAUGUGGGACUACAUCCUAUCUUCAUGUGAGAUCCACAACUACAUGAUCGAGAUGAACUUCACUCCAGGAAAUGUGCUGAACUGGAGUAAACUAGACUAUGAGAUUAUUGGAAAUGUGCUGACUGAAAAAAAAGUUGAAGUUUGUCACUGAACUUCAAAUCAUUCAAGAUGGCGUACAAUUCAAAGCCAUCUUUACUUUGAAAAAUAAAAGAUACUGAGUGAUGUAAUUCUUACAGAUGUUGUUUACUGACUUGAUUGUCAGAGUUUAUUGGAUAAUCACACACUACAACAGUGUACAAUUCCUUGCAUUUUGCAUCAUAAAGGUUUUUAUUAAAGUGAAACUUGCAUCAGCAGCCAUUUUUCUCCAUUUGGGAUACUUCCCAGCAAUCAUUGUGUUAUACGUCUAUUUUAUGGCAGAAUCAUUUAUUUUUUAAGGCUCAAUUUGUACUUAAAGUGUACAUGCUAAAAUAAAUAAAGCAGCAAUAAAGCAAAACAAGAAAAAAUUAAGAAAAGUGAAAGUGUAUUUACUUUUUUCUCUCUUUUUCUUUGAAUGAUAUGCAUCAUACGUAAGGUUUAAGAACCACUACUGACCUUGUUU